GUAUAUAUAUUCUACAAAAUCAUGCUAAAUGCUAACUACACAGCCCUCUCUCACUCUCCAUCCAACAUGUCCGGUAACAAGAGUUCUCCGCUCUUCCUCUUCUUCUUCUUCGUCAUCAUUCACUUACUCGCGGCACAAUCUUUUGCUGUAAACUCCACCAUCCUAUCUUAUGAAAUCCAGCCAUUCAUUAGGGUUUACAAAAAUGGCAGCGUUGAGAGAUUAAUCGGAACAGAUACGGUUCCUCCGUCUGUCAAUCCGAGAUCCAAGGUUCUCUCCAAAGACACCGUCAUCCAACCAUCUCUCAACGUCUCCGCUAGGCUCUAUCUCCCUCGCUCCGCCAUCCGCAAACUUCCCCUUCUAGUUUACAUCCACGGCGGCGCGUUUUGCACCAGUUCCCCCUUCGCUGCCACCUACCACAACUACCUAAUCUCCGUCGUCGCCAAAGCAAAUGUGGCCGCUGUCUCCGUCAAUUACCGUUUAGCCCCCGAGCACCCUCUCCCCGCCGCCUAUCAAGACUCAUGGAUCGUCCUCGAAUGGAUCUUCUCCCACUCCAAACAGGGCGGAGGCGGUGGCGAGGCGUGGCUGCGAAACAAUGUCGAUUUCGACCGCGUUUACUUGAGCGGAGACAGCGCCGGAGCCAACAUAGCCCACAACGUGGUGAUCCGGGCCGGGCUGGAACCAACGGGUCGUGUUAGGAUCCGCGGGUUGUUCUUGAAUUGCCCGCAUUUUUGGGGGAAGGAGCGGAUUGGGAAUGAAGCGAGUGACCCGAAAAUGGUGGCGCUGGAGGAGAGUAUUUGGAUCCAUGCAUACCCGAAUUCCACCGGGUUUGAUGACCCGCAGUUGAACCCGGAUUACGACCCGAAUCUUUCGAAGCUCGGGUGCAAGAAGGUGGUGGUUUAUGUUGCUGAAAAUGACAUAUUGAGAGAUAGGGGAUUGCAAUAUAAGAAGGCUUUGGAGAAGAGCAAGUGGGAAGGAGAGGUGAAGGCUGUGGAGGUGAAGGGAGCUGAUCAUGUUUUCAAUCUAAACUCACCCAACAGUAAAGAUUCAAGAGAAAUGUUGCAACAUUUUGCAUUGUUUCUCAAUGAUAAAGAAAAGUUCAACUAGGGAUUGAGAUUCUAGAGAGUGAAUGUGUAAUAAAUCAAUCUUGUUUGUAUCGUGUGCAUCACUUGUAUUUUUCUAUGGUUGCUGGUAAUUAUCAUUAUUAAUUAAUCGCAUUUGUGGUGCUAA